AUGAAAGCGACAUAAGCCACUGCAAAAAAAUUCAAUUUUAUUUGUUUAAAAUUAAUAAAUAAUUUAUUUGGUGCUGAAAUAUAAGACAGAUAUAUUUAUUGUCUUGAUAAGUUAAAAUAUAACUAAGUGUUACCGCAUAUAACAAUAGAAUUUAGUCAAUAACACUACUAUAGUAAUGGAAAUUAUUGGGACAGUUAUUUAUAAAAUAUAAGAUUAAUAAUUCAAAAUAAAAAAUGCGUUUAGUGUCAUUAUAAUACCAAUUAAUUAAAUUAUGAAUAAUAUAAUCCAACAAGCAAAUUCAAGUCAAAAAUAAAAGAAAUCUUCAAAGCAAAGAAGGCACUUCCAUAAAUUUAUCCAAACCAGACUCUUUAUGAUUAAAAAUUAAAUAAUGAACAGCUAGAAUACAAAAGGAAAUUGAUAAGUUUAAAAAGGCUUUAGUAAAUAUUACAUCAAUUUCACUUGCGAGAAGUAGAAUCGACUUGUUAAGAAGCUUCAGUCUCUUAAAUUUAAAUAAGCUUAGGCAAUUAUAUAUUACUUCAUGAUUAUGAAUUUGCUGCUUUUAAAUUGCAAGUUCUGAGAGAAAUGAUAGCAAAAUAUUGCCUCAAUACCUCUCUGAUUUUCUUUUGA